AUGAGCUUUGGAUUCUCUGUUGGUGAUAUUCUCGUAAUAGCACAAUUGGUUGAGAGGACCAGGAGACGUUUCAAGGGCGCUCCAGCGGAAUACAAUGCAUUGGCUGAUGAGACCCGCACCCUCCAGAUAGUCGUCAACGACCUGAAGAUUCAGGUUGAAGAUGACGACCUUGCAGACUCUAUCAAAGAUGAUUUGCGAAAUGCCGUGACGAACUGCGAGACUGUCUUGAUGGACCUGAACACGGUUAUCGACGCUCAUACUGAACUUGAUUCGGCAACUAUAGUGCCCCGAAAAGGGCCACAGCAGAUAUGGAAGCGUCUCCGAUGGGACCCCAAGGAGGCAAGCCAACUGCGCUCUCGACUCAGCUCCUCCAUCCAACUGCUAGUCGCUGUACGCCAAAGUUUGGACAGUACACUACAACGCGAGAUAGCUCAAGAUUUGGCGAGGCUAACUAUAGACCAUGACAAGGAGAAAGUCCAGCGCGUUGCGGAUUGGCUUGCACCUGGUACUUAUUCUGCUCAUCAACACGACUACUUCACCAAGGUGCAAGCAGGGACAGGGCAAUGGGUCUUCACUGACCCGAUAUACUGCAGGUGGCUCAACGAUGCAGGCCCCUCAACGAUACUACUGCCGGGCAUUCCAGGAGCUGGCAAGACUUUCAUUGCGUCAAUCAUCAUUAACAGCCUGCAAGCGCGGGUGACCCAGGAUGACAACUCGGGACUUGUGUUCUUCUAUAACAGCUUUCGAAGGACUGCUACCCAGUCGUGCCAUCACAUCGUCUCCAGUAUGGUGCGGCAACUAUAUCUGCAGAAGCCAACCAAAAACAAUGCAGUCGAUAGCGUCUAUGAGGAGCAGCACAAGCGCGUGGCGGCCACGGCUCCCAGCCUGGAAGAAAUGUGUGCGCUAUUCGAAAAUCUGUUGUCAGGCUUUUCUUUGGUCACCUUUGUCAUGGAUGCUCUGGACGAGUGCAAGGGACCAGAAGGAUCUGAUGAGAGGCCGUGGAAAUAUAUCCUUAGUUUCAUAUUUGGGCUACAGGAAAAGCUGAAAUCCCAGGUGGCUAUCAAGGUGCUCGCAACUUCGCGACCCGAUCCGGAAAUCAACGGGGUUUUCCCAAAAGAUGGACGACUGACGAUCCAUGCUCGAAAUGACGACCUUGGGAAGUUUUGUGAUUCUCUGAUACCUAAGAUCAGAUGCAUUGCCCAGAAGACUGACCUGCAUCCAAAGAUCAAAGACGCCAUCUGUGAUAGUGCCGGGGGCAUGUUUUUGCUGGCAAAGCUGCACUGCGACACCCUUGCGACGAAAACGAAGCCUAGGGACGUGUUGCAAGCCCUCAAGGCCUUCGCCCAAGGGGGUGAUGCUCUUGAUCGAGCCUACAUGGACACACUCCAGAGGAUACAAAGCCAACCUGAAGAGCACAGUACACUCGCCAGGAAAGUCUUGGUUUGCGUCGCAUUUAGCGUGCGGCCGCUCACUCUCGACGAAAUAAGACACGCCCUCGCUGUCGACGAGGAAACCAAAGAACUGGAUCUAGAGUACGACUUGGACGAUCCUGACGACGUAAUCUCAAGCUGUGCCGGGUUGGUAACCAUCGACUCUGAGACCCAAAUUGUUCGUUUGGUCCACUACACCACACAAAGCUUCUUGGAAUCACUCGGUAGUCGACUCAUGCCGGAUCCCCACGACUUCAUUGCCAGCUGUUGUUUGAAUUAUCUAUAUCUAGAUGCGUUUGCAGACUGCCACUUCGAUGGCAAGAGUACGCUCGACCAUAAAGAUGCGUUUCCGUUCGCCGACUAUAGCGCACAAUACUGGAUUUGGCACGUAUCGUCUGGCAGCGAUAACGUGUCUUUGAGGCAGAGGGCCUUCUCUUUCCUCGACAACACCGGACGUGUCACCGCUACGCUGCGACUAUCUAAUCUCCACAGUGCUAACGUACAUGGCUUGUGUGCCCUGCACCUUCUCGCCUUCAUCGGCUCGCAUGACUGGAUCACCGACUAUAUCAGUCGUGGACCCCAAAUACACCAGAACGAGCGUGUGAACGGAUUCUGUCUAGAGUGCAGGGAGUCGGCAGCUGAAUUGAGACGUCGUCUUGGAGACGACAAAAGAUCCUGGGUGACGUUACUGACAAGCUGGCGCGGUUCCAGCCAGCGUACGCCACUGUGGUACGCAAUAGAUCAGCGCCAUGUGUCAACAGCCAAUCUUUUGAUCGAUCUGAACAACGGCGUACUUAACGACCUGGAUGAGUUUGGUCUGCCUCCAUUAACGUUUGCGCUACAGUCUCAGCUUGAGGCUGUUCCGCUCAGGAUCCUUGCCGAACCCGAGGCCAUAUCGUGGUAUCAACAUCGAGGCUCGAUCUAUCAAACCUAUCUGCACAACGCAGCCUACUGUGGGGACGAGGCGGUAGUUGACCGACUGCUGGAACUGAUAUCGGCUUUGGACUCGAGCGAGGCUCGCGACGUUGCCAUCUCUUAUACCACUGCACAAACCAGAUGGGGUGGAACCGCCCUAUCGGACGCGGCUAGCUUGGGACACUUCGGGAUUGUCAAGAAGUUGUUGGCUUAUAGUGGGGGGCGUGAGUUGAAUGUGGCAGAUGAGGAAGGCUGCACGCCACUCCAUGCAGCAGCAAGCUGCGGCUCUUUGGAGGUGGUUCAGUAUCUCAUGAGCCAAAGAGGCAUUCAAGCAGACGUUUGCGACCGCCAUGGACGGUCGGCCCUUCACUGGGCUGCAGAUGGCGGCGCGGUGCCUGUGAUCGAGUACCUCCUCAGUGCUGGCCUCCCAGCAAACUCCAAGUCUCACGACGGCCGGAAUGCGGUGCUGCAUGCUCUCCACAGUCAUCGCCCAGCGGCCGCAUUAUAUUUGGCCUCUCGGGAUGAUAUUGAUCGGCACUGCACCGACAAAUAUGGGAUGAACGCUCUGAUGGUGGCUGCUUUGCACACAUAUGCCGAUGGCGUCGUUCGAUUUGCCUCUGAGGUACCCGAUAUCAAUCUCACCGAUGACAAGGGAGACACAGCCUUGCACCAUUUAUGCAAGUGUCCCGGCUUGAGGUGGGAAACUGACAUUGGCAGUAAAUUUCAGCCCUGUCUCCAGACCUUGAUCAGCAACGGCGCCGAUUGGAAUAUCAAGAACAAGGAAGGUGAGACUCCAUACGCUAUACUGUGUGGUCGGUCCGAGGGGCUCACGUCCUGGUGGGACGAUCAUGUAUUGGAAGCAUGGAAAGUCGUGAAAUCAAUCUGGGAUUCAUACUUGCCAGAUACCAUGACCAACUGA